GGGAGGGUUCGGCCGCCGAGCCGCCGCCGAGGAGCAGGGAUCGAUCCCGCGCUGGUCCACCGGCGGCCCGCCGUUGUUGGCUAGCCUGACUGCCACCAUGCCCACCUCGGUGCUGUGGGCAGUGGACCUCUUCGGGCGCGUGUACACGCUCUCCACUGCCGGGCAGUACUGGGAGCCCUGCCGGGACACACAGCUGGAGUUCAAGCGGGUCACCGCCUUGCGGCAGUGCUGCUGGGGGAUUGCUGCCGACAACCAGGUCUACGUGUACGUGUGCGCCAGUGACGUCCCCAUCCGGCGCCGGGAGGAGACCUAUGAGAACCAGCGCUGGAACCCUGUGGGCAGCUUCUGUGAGAAGCUCCUGCCAAGUGACCGCUGGCCGUGGAGUGACGUGAGUGGGCUCCAGCACCAGCCACUGGACGGGGUGGCACUGCCCUCACCCCACUGGGAGUGGGAGUCAGACUGGUACGUGGAUGAGAACUUUGGAGGGGAGCCCACCGAGAAAGGGGGGUGGACAUACGCCAUCGACUUCCCUGCCACCUACACCAGGGACAAGAAGUGGAACUCCUGCGUACGGCGGCGGAAGUGGAUCCGGUACAGGAGAUACAAGUCCCGAGACACUUGGGCCAAGAUCCCUUCGAAGGACGACCCCAAGCAGCUGCCGGACCCCUUCAAUGACCUCUCUGUGGGCGGGUGGGAGAUCACGGAUGAGCCCGUAGGCCGCCUGUCAGUGUGGGCUGUGUCUCUGCAGGGAAAGGUGUGGUACAGAGAGGACGUCAGCUACUCCAACCCUGAGGGCUCCUGCUGGUCCCUUGUGGACACCCCAGGGGAGACGGUCCAGAUCAGCUGUGGGCCCCACGAUCUCCUGUGGGCUACGCUCUGGGAGGGGCAGGCCCUGGUUCGGGAAGGCAUCAGCAGGCAUAAUCCCAAAGGAAGUUCCUGGUCCACUGUGGAGCCCCCCAUGGCUGAAAACGGGAUCAUGCACGUCUCAGUGGGCGUUAGCGUGGUCUGGGCUGUCACCAAAGACCGGAAGGUGUGGUUCCGGAGAGGCGUCAACUCGCACAAUCCCUGUGGCACCAGCUGGAUUGAGAUGGUUGGAGAAAUGGUGAUGGUGAACGUGGGACUCAACGACCAGGUCUGGGGCAUCGCCUGCGAGGACCGGGCCAUGUACUUCCGGCAGGGUGUCACCCCCAGCGAGCUCAGUGGGAAGACAUGGAAAGCCAUCGUUGCCGGCCGGGAGUGUGACCGGUCACACUCGGGCAGCUCAUCCAGCCUCCUCAGCGCCGGCUGCUUCUUUGGUGAUGAGGUGAGGGGCAGUGCUGAGUCCUCCGCCCCGAGUGACACCGACGCCUCCUCGGAAGUGGAUCGACCAGGCCCUGACCAGCCUCACCCUGCAGACUGUUUGGACAGCACCGGGGGCUGCAAGGGCAGCCCAGUCUUGGGACCAGGGCCUGGCAGGCCCACAGCCGGAGCAGAGGAGAAGGCCAGCCAGGCCGAGGGCACAGGUGGAGAGCCUCGGCCCCAACCGGUCUCCACCCUGGCUGAGCUGCCCUGGACCAACAUCGACCUGAAGGAGCCUCGGAGGGUGCCUGGCCACUCGAUACCUGGCCUCCCUGAGCCACCCGGCCUCUCCUCCCUGGGGCUCCUGCCACUGGGCCUGGAGGAGCCCUACAGCACCGACGACCACCCGCUGUGGGCCUGGGUGUCUGGAGGCGGCUGCGCUGUGGAGGCCCACACGGCACUCAAGUGGUUCUCUGCCCACUCAGGCCUGUCCCCAGCCGUGCAGACACUGGCCCCGCCUGUGACGCCAGCCCAGACCGCUGCCUGGAGGAAGCAGAUCUUCCAGCAGCUCACGGAGCGGACCAAGCGGGAGCUGGAGAACUUCCGGCACUACGAGCAGGCCGUGGAGCAGUCGGUGUGGGUGAAGACGGGGGCGUUGCAGUGGUGGUGCGACUGGAAGCCCCACAAGUGGGUGGACGUACGCGUGGCGCUGGAGCAGUUCACGGGGCAUGACGGGGUGCGGGACAGCAUCCUCUUCAUCUACUACGUGGUCAACGAGGAGAAGAAGUACAUCCACCUGUUCCUUAAUGAGGUGACGGUGCUGGUGCCUGUCCUGAAUGAGGCCAAGCACUCCUUCGCCCUGUACACGCCCGAGAGGACCCGGCAGAGGUGGCCCGCACGCCUGGCCGCUGCCACCGAGCAGGAAAUGAACGACUGGCUGGCCCUGCUCAGCCUGUCCUGCUGCGAGAGCCGGAGGGUGCACGGCCGCCCCUCCACCCAGGCCAUCUGGUCCGUCACCUGCAAAGGGGACAUCUUUGUGAGCGAGCCCAGCCUCGACCUGGAGGCCCCCGAGCGUCCGCUGCCCUGCGACCAGAUGUUCUGGCGGCAGAUGGGUGGUCACUUGCGGGUGGUGGAGGCCAGCAGCCGCGGCGUGGUGUGGGGCCUUGGCUACGACCACACGGCCUGGGUGUAUACUGGUGGCUACGGCGGAGGCUGCUUCCAAGGCCUGGCUAGCAGCACCAGUAAUAUCUACACGCAGUCGGAUGUGAAGUGUGUCUACAUCUAUGAGAACCAGCGCUGGAACCCGGUCACCGGCUACACCAGCAGAGGUCUGCCCACUGACCGGUACAUGUGGAGUGACGCCUCAGGGCUGCAGGAACGCACCAAGGCCAGCACGAAGCCGCCCUCCCCACAGUGGACCUGGGUCUCUGACUGGUACGUGGACUUCAGUGCUCCUGGGGGCACCGACCAGGAGGGAUGGCAGUAUGCCAGUGACUUUCCUGCCUCAUACCACGGGUACAAGACCAUGAAGGCCUUCGUCAGGAGACGGUGCUGGGCCAGAAAAUGCAAGCUGGUGACCAGCGGGCCUUGGCUGGAGGUGGCCCCCAUCGCCCUGGGGGACGUGUCCAUCAUCCCUGAGAGCCCAGACGCCAAGGGCAGCAUCGCCCUGUGGGCCGUCAGCGACAAGGGGGACGUGCUGUGCCGCCUGGGCGUGUCCAAGCUCAACCCCGCAGGCUCGUCCUGGCUGCACGUGGGCACUGACCAGCCCUUCACCUGCGUCUCUGUGGGUGCCUGCCACCAGGUGUGGGCUGUGGCCCGCGAUGGCUCCGCCUUCUACCGUGGCUCUGUAUCCCCCUCCCAGCCAGCAGGUGACUGCUGGUACCACAUCCCGUCCCCCCCUAAACAGAGGCUGAAGCAGGUAUCUGUCGGUCAGACGUCCGUGUAUGCCUUGGACGAGAACGGGAACCUGUGGUACCGCCAGGGGAUCACCCCCAGCUACCCGCAAGGCUCCAGCUGGGAGCAUGUAUCCAACAAUGUGUGCAAAGUGUCCGUGGGGCCCCUGGACCAGGUCUGGGUCAUUGCCAACAAAGUCCAGGGGAGCCACAGCCUGAGCCGGGGGACAGUGUGUCACCGCACAGGGGUACAGCCCCACGAGCCCACUGGGCAGGCCUGGGACUACGGCAUAGGGGGCGGCUGGGACCACAUCUCCGUCCGGGCCAAUGCCACCGGGGCCCCCAGGAGUGGGUGUCAGGAGACCAGCACGCCCCUGGAGGAGGCAGGCAGUGGCCCCGUGCGAUGCUGAGGCCGCUGGGAGCUGGCAGUGUGGGGGAAGGGGGAGGUGGUCACCUGAGCCUGCCAGCCCCAUGUCCUGUGCUGAGAUGUGGGUGUGGCAGUGUCACCCAGGCCGGGACCAGGCACCAGAAGAGCCCAGAAUGUGAAGCUUUGGGGAAGCCCCUGUGCUCCCAGACUGGGAGGAGUGCCUUGGGCUAGAGGGGCCUGGCCCCUCCCACUCCCUCUCCUCUCUGCCCCCCCACCUUUCCGGGACUGGAAACAGACUAUCCAAGAAUGCUGGCCCUGAACGCAGAGCCCCCAUGCCUACCCCACAGACCCUGGGAAGGAGCCCCCCACCCCAGGCCAAUCACCCCAUCUCCCCUACGCUUCCUGUUGCCCCAAAGAGAAGGUCCAUAAGGCUCAGGGCCACUGUGGCAUGCGCUGCGAUUAUUCCUCAGAGUAGGACUUGCAGAAAGGGUGACGUUUCAGAACUUCAGGAAGGAGGUGACUGAUUGGAUCUAUGCUAGUGGGUAGGGCGAGGUGUCCUGUUCCCCAGGGUGGGCGCAGGCCCCCGCUCUAGGGAUGGAGGCCAUCCGGGGCUGGGAGAAGGCAGCCCGUUCUUCACAGAAUCGCCGGUUGGUCGUUAAGCCUCCGUCAGCCUCUCCUGGACGUGUUUGGGAGCCACUGGGUGUUUUCCUUUUCCAUGGGAUCGUGUUGUGGAGGGCUGGGUGGGGGCUUUCUGGAUAACUGGGCAUCCGGCCAAGGAUGAGCCUUGGGGGGCACUGGGGGAAGGGCAGGAAUCGGCCAGCACAGGCGCCCAGGACGAGGACCCUCACAGCGCAGCAGAGCACAGUCCGCCUGGCGGAUGGCAGCCCGCCUGCCACCCUGCAGGUCUCCGCUGGUUACCCACGUACACCCUACUUGGCGAGUCCGAGUUUGCUUCCUGCCAGGGACACUUUGCCCAGGAGGUUGUUGGCACUCCUCCCUCCGACCCAAUGCCCCAUUUGCAGUCAGCCUCCUCAUGCGAGGAGGGAGCUGACCGGCAUUCAGUUCUGUUUCCAUGU